CCCUGCUUAAUUAAAUCCAUCAUCUGUUUUUGACGCAGAGAGAGAGAGAGAGAGAGAGAGAGAGAGAUGACAGAGCAUCUGUUACUAUGCAGGUUGUUAUGUUCAAUUUUGCUGCUUUCGGCGCUGACUUGCAAAACAAUUGCCUUUUCCACUUCAAACGGAACUCUGCCCCAAGAAGAAGCGGAUGCUAUCAAUGCCCUAUUAGGAUACAUUGAAAGGACAUCAAAGUAUGAUGGUGCUAGUAGCAAUUUCACAGCUUCCGAUUGCAACAAGAAGUCAACCUUAGACGUGUAUUGCGACUGUUACAAUGCAACAUGCAGAGUUACUCAACUCGAUUUAUCAAGUACUAGAUUGAAAGGAGAAAUACCAAAGGAAAUUGGAAAACUUACUUCUCUUACUGAUUUAUAUCUGAAUGAUAACAGGUUUAGUAAGAUUCCAUUUUGGUUACAAAAUUUGUCCAGGCUUUCAAUUAUUCUCCUUGAUGGUAACUUACUGGGUGGACACAUACCAACUUUCUUUAGUCAAAUGAAGAAGUUGAACAUUUUAAGCCUCGCAGACAACAAUUUUAAUGGUCCAAUCCCGCCAGAAUUGGGUGCUCUUCCAUCUCUACUAGAGUUGGAUCUAGAUGGUAAUUUAUUGUCAGGACAGAUACCAUCUCAACUGGGGAGCCUUUCUAGCCUUGUGGCUCUGGAUUUAUCUGAUAAUCAGCUCUCAGGGGAACUUCCCUAUGAGCUAGGGCAUCUCACAAAUCUUAGAUAUCUGUGCCUACCGAAUAAUAAUUUUAGUGGAAAUUUGCGUCAAUCGUUUGAUAAACUUAAAAACAUGGCAUAUUUUGACGUCCGCGGGAAUAACUUCAAUGGACAAAUACCUGCUUUCAUAGCCCAAUGGAAAGACAUUGAGGAAUUGUACCUCAUGGGGAACAAUUUUGAAUGGCCUGUUAGUCAUGGAGUGUUCCAAUCAUUGAAGAAUCUUACAAUCUUGCAGCUUGCUGACAUAGCUGGAAGUCCCAGAGAUUUCCCCAUUGUCAAUAAUCAGUCAUUGACACACCUAACACUGCGGAAUUGCUCACUUGGUGGUCAAAUCCCUGAAUUUAUUUGGCAAAGUCAAUCCCUACAAUAUUUGUAAGAUACUCAUCUUGAAUGUAAAUUAUUAAAUUUGACGCAAUUAGUCAAGUUUAUUUUAUUUGCCA